AUGGGUUCUUCACUAUCAUUGAACAAUUCUUUGGUUAGUGGUUUCUCACCUGCAGUUGCAACAUGGUAUGGAAGCCCUAAUGGAGCUGGAAGUGGUGGAGCUUGUGGAUUUGCAGAUGACGUUGCAAAUCCUCCAUACAAUGGUCUUAUUUCUGCUGGAAACCAAAAUAUAUUCAAACAUGGAGAGGGUUGUGGGACUUGUUAUCAGGUAAAGUGCACAGAAAAUCCAGCGUGCUCGGGUUUUCCAAUCGUUGUAACGAUUACGGACGAAUGUCCCGGUACAUGCAACAAUGAAGCAUUUCACUUUGACAUGAGUGGAAAAGCUUUCGGGUAUUUGGCGAAGCUCGGCCAAGCUGAUAAGUUACGGAAUGCAGGAAGAAUUAAUGUCCAAUAUCAAAGGGUUCCAUGCAAAUACAACAUGGGUAUAACUUUCAAGAUCGAUACGGGAUCCAACGCGAACUAUAUUGCGUUUGCAAUUGAGUUUGUGAGUGGAGAUGGCGAUGUUGGUUCGGUUGAAUUAUUGCCUUCAAACUCGAAAAGUUCGUUGUCCAUGCAAAAAUCUUGGGGUUGCACAUGGAAAGUUGGAAUACCCGUUGGAGUAAAAGGCCCUUAUUCCGUAAGGCUAACUACUAUCGAGUCGAGAAACACAAUUACCGCGAACAAUGUAAUCCCGGGGAAUUGGUCCCCCGGCCAAUACUAUCGCUCGGAAGCCAAUUUCUCUUAA